AUAAAAUCACUGUUCUCUCGACUCUAACCCUACCUGGUUUCGACGACAAAAAACCUGCAGAGAGAGAGAGAGAGUGUCUGUCGCAGAAAAAGAAGGACGAUUCUCAGACUGUCCAAAUCGAUCAGGCUUAAAAUUUAUCUGCUAGUAGGCACAUACAUAUUAACUGCAAGCUUGUCAAAUUAAGGAGGAGAAAAAGCAAUGGAGGACUGGGAGGACGAGCCAAUUCCAGAUAUUCUCAAAAAGGACCAACCGAAAGGUAGAUGGGAUGAUGAAGAUGUGGAUGAAAAUGAUGUGAAGGAAUCUUGGGAGGAUGAAGAUGAGCCUGCUCCGGCACCUGUCGCAGUUCCUCCUCCUGAAAAGGCCCCAAAGAAAACCACAUCAAAAACUAGCGAAAUGAAAGGAAAAGCUGUUGAAUUAGUAAAGGAAGAGCCACUAGAUCCUGUAGCAGAAAAACUUCGCCAACAAAGGCUUGUGGAAGAAGCUGACUAUAAGUCCACUACAGAAUUGUUUGCCAAGAGAGGUGAUGAGAAGACGCUUGAUAAUUUCAUUCCCAAAUCAGAAAGUGACUUCUUAGAAUAUGCGGAGCUCAUUUCUCAUAAGCUCCUGCCAUAUGAGAAAAGCUACCAUUAUAUUGGAUUACUCAAGGCUGUAAUGAGAUUGUCAAUGACUUCUUUGAAAGGAGCAGAUGCAAAAGAUGUUGCAUCUUCUGUUACUGCAAUUGCAAAUGAAAAAAUAAAAGCUGAAAAAGAAGCCAAUGCUGGUAAAAAGAAGACAGGUGCAAAGAAGAAACAAAUACAUGUUGAUAAGCCAGAUGAUGAUGCGGUUGUUGAUGCCUAUGAUGGUUAUGACGAUUAUGAUUUUAUGUGACCUGAGCGUCGUGGCAGACUGUUUUCUUAUUUUGGUUAACUAAACUACGAGCAUUUUGGUAUUACAUCACUAAGUAAGAUCUUGCAUUUACAAAGUUGUUCAAGGUGAAGAGGAUCCAGCGGCUUUUUCCUAUCUGAGUCUUCGAGAUUGAUUGAGUGUGCCAUAUUACAAUUUGUUGAAUAAAUUAUAGUCUCCCAAGCUUUCUGUAAUGUCCAUUGAUAUUAGGAUGCCUUUCAAGUACUUGUUUGUUGGGUAAUUGUUACUGUCUCAUGCUGUGGAUGAUCUUAGAUUUUGAACUUAAUAGAUUACUUACAAUGAAGUUUGUU